AUGGCACCAAAGGACGCAGCAAAGUCCGGCAAGGGCAAGGGCGCCAGCGCAAAGAAGCCAUCCGCAAAGGCAUCUGCUGCUGCUAAGGCCACUCUCAAGGGUGUCAACUCGCACAAGACACACAAGGUCCGCAAGUCGACCACCUUCCACCUGCCAAAGACCCUCACUCUUUCGCGCGCACCGAGAUACCCACGCCGAUCGAUCCCACGUGAGCCUCGUCUCGAUGCCGGCAAGGUCAUCGUCCACCCACUCAACACUGAGAGCGCGAUGAAGAAGAUUGAGGAGAACAACACCCUCGUCUUCAUUGUCAACGUCAAGGCCAACAAGAGACAAAUCAAAGAGGCUCUUAAGACCCUCUACGACGUUGACACCGUCAAGAUCAACACCCUCAUCCGACCAGAUGGCACCAAGAAGGCUUUCGCCCGCCUGACCCCGGAUGUCGACGCUCUCGACAUUGCCGCCACCAAGCUUGCCAUCGUCUAA